UACUCCUUGUGCAUACAGCAACAUUUGCAACAUAAUUAACUUUGUAAACUGUUGCUUCUUUUUUUUUUUCGCCUUUUCCUUCCACACUAUUCUGGUACUGCUAUGGCAGCCAAAAGUAGUUCGAGUUUCCGUCUGUCUGCAACACCAGUCACUGUUUUUGCUCAUUUGCUUGUCAUUGCAGUGACUACACUUGUACUUGUUUGGCUGCUACACUUCCGCGAAGGCCUUGCAUUUGAAUCCAGGAUUAAGGACAAGAUUUUUAAUCUGCAUCCACUUUUUAUGGCUAUCGGAUUCGUUUUGGUAGCCGGAGAAGCAAUCAUGUCUUACAAGACGGUCACUGCAGCAAGAGAGACGCAGAAAAUAGUUCACUUGAUCUUGCAUACCAUCGCGCUAGUAUCAGGAAUCAUUGGAAUUUACGCAGUUUUCAAGUUUCAUAACGAGCUUUCGAUCCCAAACAUGUAUACUCUACAUUCCUGGAUUGGCAUGUCAACCUUCUGCUUAUUCGGCUUGCAGUUCCUGUUCGCCUUUUUCUCGUUCGUGUUCCCGGGUGCAGAUUCAGGAGCAAGGUCAAGAAUGGCGCCAUAUCACGUGUUCUUUGGCAUAGUCAUUUUCUUGAUGGCGAUAAUAUCUGCAGAAACUGGCCUGACGGAGAGAUUCAUCUUCUUAGGCCUACGUCGCAGCCAAGAAGCGUUGAUAAUGAACUUUACUGGAUUGCUGAUUCUAUUAUUUGGAAUUGCAGUAGGCUUUUCUGUUAUUCUUCCAAGACGUUAAUAGUAUUAUCAAAAGAAUUUUUAGGCCGGUCCUUUAUACGUUCUCCUUGUAUUAGCAACUUUACUAUGAUACCUUCGAUGUUUUAUUUCCGUGUGUUAUUUUUUGUCCUUAAUUCUUCAUAAUCAUACCUGAUGUAACAAGAGGGGAUAAAUAACAGCGUCUCUGGUGUUAUACCGAUUCA